GUCAAACAGCUGAUCACGUUGGAUGUGUCACAAUAUUUCCCAGUUCGACCCUUUUCAUGUCAAAUCACAAUGGAUAUCAAAGAAAAGCUUAUGUCUUUCAUUGAUAAGCAAAAGAUAUCACUUAAGGUGCCGUCGUUACCCGUGCAGGCGGCAGAAUUUGUAACGUCAGACGAGUUUGAGGGACGGACGGCGGUGACAGCUCAGCUCCAGAGAAAAGCCUGUCUCCUCAAUGAUCACAUUCUCACCCGAGAGGCUGAGCAGGCUGUCAUUGACAGUAUUGAAGCGUUGUAUUUUGAGAGUGACAAUGUAGAUGUGGGUGAGCACGAGCUGCAAAAAUUUCCGGAUAUUGCUGAUGUUCAUAUUAUUAAUGGGAUGAGGUCACGCCUACGCAAGCAGCAUGCGAUUGUGUCGCGGCGGGUGUCUGACCUCAUCAUGCAGAAGCAGGGGCAGUGUAGUAAAGAAAUGGAAAGAGUGACUGAGUUACAGACGGAAGUAAUUAAAGGCGUAGGCUUGUGUGUCGAGGGCCGCAAAAAGCUAGCCCUAGGUAGAAGUCAGUUCACUUCUGCAAGCUUAGGUAUUCUUGCCAAUUAUAGCAAACGACAGAAAAUUGCAAGUGUUAUCAGAUCUCUACGAAUGAUAAGAACUUUACAGAUGACUGAUGUGCAACUCCAGAGCUUGCUAAAAGCAGAGGACUAUCCAGGAGCAAUACAAUUGUUGCUGGAGUGUCAGAAAGCUGCCGCAACAUUCAAGCACUUUACCUGUAUAUCAGAGUUGAGCACAAAACUGCAGGACACCUUGGAAGGUGCCGAGGAACAACUCGAUGUUGCUUUAGCAAGAGUUGCAGCUAAUUUUAAUGAAGCAAAUUACGAGAAGCUUCAAAUUGCCUAUGGUCUCCUGGGGAAGACGCAGACCCUAAUGGACCAGUUACAUAUGCAUUUGACCUCACACAUUCAUAACUCUGCUUUUACCAUUGUCCUUGGAUAUGUGGAGCUAUACAACAGCGGUGGAGGCAGUAACACUGGGUCAGGGUCAUCUUUUUCCAAACUGCAGUACUCUGAUCUAUGCAAGUACGUAAAUGAGGAGAGUUUUCUUCCGUGUCUUUUAGAUUUAAGUAAGUGCAUGUGGAAUGUUUUAAAAAGCUAUAGAAGUAUCAUAAAGUGGCACGAGAACAAUGUGAAAGUGGCCAAAGAUGACAUCUCAAGUGAAGCUGAGGCAGAUGCUGAGGUAGCUACAUCUAGGAAAUAUGCCAAGCAGAAAUUAGAGCACGGACUGUACAGAAUAUGGCAAGACGUUCAAGCUAAAGUGCGGACUUUUAUUUUAGCAUCGGAUCUGUCUCAUUUCAAAUUUGAUGACUUUCUGAGAAUAUUAGAUGUCAUUAACAAACUGAUUGAUGUUGGUGAAUCUUUCUGUGGUAGCAAAUCUGAAACACUUCGUGAGUCCAUCAAGAAACAAUCCAUUAAUUACUUUCGCAAUCAUCAUAGAGCAAGAAUGGAGGAGCUCCAUAUGUUUUUGGAAAAUGAAGGGUGGGAAGCAUGCCCUGUAAAAUCUGCAUUUUCCAUAUACCAGUUAAUGGAGUACAGAUUCCUCAAAGGAAAGGAUAUGAAUUUUACACGAAUUUCUACCCCAAGCUCCUCACCAAGUAAAAAAUCAGGAAGCAAUAUAGAGAGAAAGGAUGUGUUUGACUUAUUCAGUAGAGAGAGCUCCCCAUUUGAUAUAGCAGCUGAAGAAACUAUAGAAGAAGACAUUAUGGCAAAUGGAGAGGCAAGUGAUCCCUUGACUCUGAGUGAUGACGACAGUGAUGAUGAUGUCCCAGAGGAGCUAAAGAGAGAUUUUGUUGAUGAACAAACUGGAGAACCUCCCCAGCCACACCCAAAGCGGAAAUUAGAUCAUGGCAAGACACCAAUUGUGACCAACACAACUUUAACCAUCUUGAGACUUAUUGGCAAGUACAUCCAGAUGAUGAGAUUAUUACAACCCAUAGCUUUUGAUGUGAUGAUUUGCCUUAGCCAUCUGUUUGACUACUACCUCUACAGUGUAUUCACAUUCUUUGGAGCCAGGGGUGAACUGGACCAGAACCCCAGUCGACGGCUGCGGGGAUCGCUCAAGAAAAUACAAGACACGCUCAUUCUUAACCCAGAUGCCUCCCAAGAUGACCCAUCUGAGCAGGAUAAGGUACAAAGUCCAUCGUUAUCACCAGUGGUGGACAUAUCAUCUUCAACAAGUAUAUAUGGUUUACCAGUUCGAGUAGCAGCAGUCGAGAGCCUGGCUUUUCUAGCAGCCCAGCUGGAGGCUUUACACUGCCAUAUUGAACCUCUCAUCCCUCAGCAGCGAAGAACUUUUCUCCAGCAGUUCUACACAGGCACUGUGAAGAUUACUCCCGAGAUUCGCCAUCAUGUAUACACAGCUGUUGCAACACAAGUUAUUGAUUAUGAUGGAAUUCUAAACCGCAUGGCCUGUGUCAAGUGGGAUAUCAGUGAUCUCAUGAGCCAACAUAGCGAGUAUGUUGACGUGUUGUUGAGACAGCUACAGGUAUGGUAUAAUUCAAUGCUUAUUCCAUCUAUCCUUUGAUGUCUUGUUUCCUUGCAAAACUUGACUUUGGGUAAGUGGCCUCAUGUAGAAUAUUAUCCAGGCAUCUCAGCCCCAUUAAUAUAGAUGCUUUGAAGGAUUACUUAAAAUGCUUGAUGUGGAAUUCCCUUUUGGUUUAAUUAUGUUAUGCAUAAAAUAGUUGUCACUUACAGUAUUUUGCACAGAAAAUGUGUAUUAAAGUAGGAAGUUUCCCACCAAACAUGUGCAAGUGAAGAAGUAGAAAUAAAUUUAGAAACAGAUGACAGUACAGGUAUGGGAAAUAGGAAAGGACUGUAGCAGAAAUGACUGAAAUAGCAAUUUAAACGUUAAUGAAAAGUAAUCCACUUGGUGGGAACUUGGCUUGAGAGUUAUGGUAGUCAUGCAGUCUUUGUUUAACCAACGUGCUGCACCGAGUUUAUUGUGAAAUUCCCCCUGUGCGCAUGAAAUAAAGUGUUCCAAAAAA